CCGCAGCCGCGGCCCCCCCAGCGCGGGGCGCGCCUCGGGACCGCACGGACAGACGGCGCCUCCCGGGGAGCCGGGGCCGCUGUCCCCCGGGGCAGCCCCGCCCGCGGCCCGCAGCCAGGCGCAACGCCACCGCCUCCGCUCGGGUGCCUCACCGCAGGCACCCCCUGAAACUUUGCCCGGCAGCCUGCGCACGCUCGUCCUCCCCGCCCGGGGAAAACGUGCUCUCGCUGCCUCCGUGCAGCGAGGACGGGGAGGCGGGCAGCCUGCCUCCCUCCUCCCCCCCCCCGCCCCGGCUCGCCCGCCCGCGGAAGCCUCGCCGAGGCUCCCGCAUUGCACCGCCGCUCCGUGCCGUGCCGUGCCGUGCGCGGGGCUCGGCGCUGCCCACCCGCGCCCCGCCGGCGCCCCCGUCCCCGGCUGGCGGUAUGAGCGCCGGCGAGGCGAAGGAGUAUCUGGCCCGCAGGGAGAUCCCGCAGCUUUUCGAGAGUCUGUUGAAUGGAUUAAUGUGUUAUAAACCCGAUGACCCAAUUGAAUAUUUGGAAAACUGUUUGCAGAAAGUGAAAGAGCUUGGAGGGUCAGAAAAAGUGAAAUGGGACACUUUUGUCAGCCCAGAAAAGAAGACCCUGCCUCCACUCAAUGGAGGACAAUCCAGGAGGUCUUUUUUCAGGAAUGUGAUGCCUGAUAAUUCUAACUUCCCAUACCGACGGUAUGACCGACUCCCUCCAAUCCAACAGUUUUCGAUAGAAAGUGACACAGACCUCUCUGAAACUGCUGAGUUAAUUGAGGAGUACGAUGUGUUUGAUCCUGCAAGACCUCGACCAAAAAUUAUUCUUGUCAUAGGUGGCCCAGGAAGUGGUAAAGGAACACAGAGUUUGAAAAUAGCAGAACGUUACGGAUUUAACUACAUAUCAGUUGGUGAAUUGUUAAGGAAGAAGAUCCACAGCACAAGCAGCAAUAGAAAAUGGAGCCUAAUUGCCAAAAUAAUUACUACUGGAGAACUGGCCCCUCAGGAAACAACCAUAACUGAGAUAAAGCAGAGAUUAAUGCAGAUCCCUGAUGAAGAUGGUAUAGUGAUUGAUGGAUUUCCUAGAGAUGUUGCCCAGGCAAUCUCCUUUGAGGACCAAAUUUGUACCCCAGAUUUGGUGGUGUUUCUGGCAUGUUCCAAUCAAAGGCUGAAAGAAAGGUUACUGAAGCGUGCUGAACAGCAAGGCAGACCUGAUGAUAACCUGAAAGCCACUCAAAGAAGACUAAUGAAUUUCAAGCAGAAUGCUGUCCCGUUGGUUAAAUAUUUCCAGGAAAAAGGACUAAUCAUCACAUUUGAUGCAGACAGAGAUGAAGAAGAAGUGUUCUUUGAUAUAAGUUCGGCUGUUGACAGUAAACUAUUUGCAAACAAAGGCGCUGCAGCAGGGCCAAAUGAACUGGAUUGCAGUCUGAUUAUGGAUUCAGGAGAUACUAUUUAUACAGAAUUUGACUUUGAAGACCAGGAGGAGGAUCAAUCAAGUUUUUCUGGUUAUGAGGGCACAGGAGAUUUUUCAGAAGAUCUGAGGAAAUCAAACAUCAUUUUUGUUGUUGGUGGGCCUGGCUCUGGCAAAGGUAGCCAAUGCGAGCAGUUAGCCAAGAAAUACGGAUUUACUCACCUGUCCACUGGUGACCUUCUCCAAAAUGAGUCAUUGUCAUUUUCAGAGAGAAGUAAAUUGAUCAAAGACAUCAUGGAAUGUGGUGAACCUGUGCCUGGUGGUAUUGUCCUAGAGUUACUGAAGGAAGCCAUGGUUUCCAAGUUAGGGGACACAAAAGGAUUCCUGAUUGAUGGGUAUCCCCGGGACCUGAAAGAAGCAGAAGAGUUUGAGAGCAAGAUUGGAGAACCAAAACUUGUGUUCUGCCUGGACUGCUCUGCAGAAGCCAUGAGCAGUCGCCUUCUGAUCAGAAAUCAGAGCAGUCAGCAGUCUGAUAGUGCUGAAACCAUCAAGGAAGGAAUCGAAAGCUAUUACCAAGCAUCAAAACCUAUGAUUGCAUACUAUGAAAGGAAGACACAGUUAUGCAAGGUGGAUGCAGAAGGAACACAGGAGGAUGUUUUUCUGGAAGUCUGCAAGACAAUUGACUCUUUUCUGAAAAAGGAAGAAGCAGCAUUUUCUUUUCCAGCAGAAACGCCGUAGCGGCAUGUACACAGCCUCACCUCACGGGCACUUGACAGUCACGAUUAAAAUGCUGUUCAAAGCAAUACUGCUUUCUUGAGAGGUAUCUGGAAUUUGUGCAUGUGGUACGUUGUUACUUUAGAUGAAAUCUUUUUUCUCUGUUCUGAUAAUACACUCAAUAGAAAGUGGUCUGUAUGCUAACUCUACACUAAGAAUUGUACAUAUUGGUUGUUUGCUCUUCACGGGUUACAAGCAGCAUGGUGAACAGCAGCUCCGGUUUGUAUUUCAUGGUCUCAUACAUUUGAUUGGAAAUCACAGUGCCUGGCCAGCAGCGAGCUCUUCCACCACAUCAUUCACCAUUUAGCAUAUUUAACUUUAAGAUCACCGCGUACAAGUUUCCCAUUGGUUGUUAUUUUCUUUGGAUUAACAGUAUUGAUUUUUGUGGUGCCAUUUAGCUUGUUCUUGGGCUUCAGUGACUAAAAUCUGUUCUCCAUUACAUGCAGCUGUGAGACAGCUGAAAUUAGUCAAGCUAGAAGUUAAAAUAAACUUUCCACACAUCCCCAGAACACUAUUACAACAAGAAGCAGAGAAAUUAAUUCAAGGUGAAGAUACAAUUGAAUAUUGUGGAAGGCUGUCAAGCCGUUAUUGUGGAACAGACACCACUUCUGAGAUAGCCUUGUCUUCUGCUGGGAAUUGUAGGCUAUUAUGACAACUUCUCAGUUUUGUGAGCUAAGUGUGCAAUCCCAUAAUUAUUCGUAUUAACAGCAGGUUUAUUGUAUUAUUAAAGUGUACAUAUAAAGAUGACUAUAAGCCAGAAGGUAUGGAGAUGUCUUUAAAUCAUACUUUGGGAGUAUUUCAAAAGCAAAAUUCAGAUCAUCUGUUGUGUUGUACUGACAUGGCCAAAACUAUUUUGGGGGAAGGGGCCGGUUGUCACCAAACCAAAACAAAAAAGGAUACUGUCAGGGAUUGCUCCAUAUUGCUUGCAUCUUUAGCAAGCCAUUUUUCCAUAAUAAUCUGCAAAAAAAGUCUGUAAAAGUCGUACCGUAUUUCUGUUAGGUUAACCAAAAUGUCGUGGAGUGUCUUUGGUAUACUGAUAGCUAAAUAAAAGUGUGUUUGACAUUCCUGUGAAGUAACUGCAUCCUCUUACUGGAACUACUGGAUGAAUUCCCAGUUGAAGUGGGCUGCAUGAUUGCUCGUGCUGUCAAAGUUGUACUGUAUGCAGCAGAUUUGUAUUUUUGAAGUUACCUUUCUUGUAAUGAAGACAUAGUACAAAUAAAACAUAAAAAAAUGAGGAGUAAUGAUUUCUGUUACAGUAUAUGUGGGUUUAAUCCUUUUCAAAGCACAGUACAUGACUUGAAAAUAUAGCUCAGAUCAGCAUGCUUACAGAGUAUGUCCUUUUUCCAUUCAGGGCAGAUUCUUCUGUUUUCUUUUUCUUCCUCAGCAUUUGCCCUGUAAAUGCUAAUUCAAUUAUUUUUAAGGGACUGUUUUAAGAUACAUUCUUAUCCUUCAUAUCCUGGAUGUUCCUUCUUUCCUGGGUCCUUUUAUAGCCUACAUUUUACCUCUGAUGCUCUAGGAGGUGCUUCUCCAGCUCCAGACCCGUGCUGUUAAGUGACCAGUAACGCCUGCAGUACAACAGCUUUAAGGAAGAGACUUGCAGAAUGCACCAGCAUGCGAAGGCAGGUUUUUCUAAACCGAGCCUGGAAGCACUAGCAGCUGGCUGGUGUAGUAUUUUUUCCAAAAAAACCAUAAAAUACUCUGGAGCUACCAUGAAGCUGCAAAUUCAUCUGGGUAGGUUUUCUGGAGUAUUUAUUAUUACUUCUAAUUACAAUGUAAGUUUAAAAGUGUGGAGUAUCAUACUUGUGCACAAUGGGGAAAAAGACAACAAUCAGCUGCCUUUUUUUUUUUUAAUUCAAAUUACGAAAAUUAUUUAACAUAUAGUUUCAGUUUAAUUUUUCUUCCUGCUUUUUCUGGUCUUUUUUGUGGAAAAAAACAAAAAAAAUCCCAUGCUUGACUGGGUGUAUGUGCAUUAAGUAUCUAUUUGCGUAUGUUCAUAAUGUAUGCAGGAGAAAUAACUGUAUAUGCAUGCAUAUGGAAAUAUAAAUAUUUAUACAUAUUCAAUAAAAAAGAGGACUUAUCCAAGACACUUCUUUCUCAGGCGAUUCAGACUUGAAAUUCUCCUUCUGCUUCCAAACUUACUCAAAUUACACCGUGGCUUUUCGUUCUUCCCAAGCUAUGCUAAAUUGGUGACUAGAUAUUUUCACUAAUGUACUUCCAUUAUUUUCUUCCACUAUUUUUCAGGCUAUCCACAGAAAACAAGUAUUACUGCAGA